ACUUUGUGUGUUAGAAAUGGAUUUGGAUGCUUUUUGGUUAUAGUGCCAUCGUGUAUGAAACUAAGAAUAUAGCUUUUGAGAUUUUGUUUUUAUUUGUUAGAUACUAAGAGGAUAUCUACUAUAGAUUCUAAGUGAAAACACUUAGUUGUGUCAUAUUUUUAUUUCUGUGAGUCUUGGUAUGUUAUGCUCCCGUCUUUUGCUCCUUCUCUGCUGCAGUUAUUUUAUUCAGCAUUUUUCUGAGUAGUGAAGAGAGCAAAUAUUUAUAACAAGCUGUCUCCAUAAUUGCAACAGUUCCUUGAAAAACAGGGUGUCUUCCUGAUCUCAUAUACCAUUUAUCAUGAACAUAAAGGAUCUGAAACUAAACUAACCAUGGCCACAAUGGGUGGUUAGUUCUCAGUCUUGGGCAAAUAUCACAAUGAAUUUGUAUUACGGGAGAUUUACAGAUGACUCAUAAACCUGUGUGGGACUUUCUACAAAGUAAGUAACUUAAACACGGGAAGUAGGCUGUAUUAAUUAUAGACACUUUUAAUGCUUUUAGGUUGUUUCGUGUGGAAGCAGUUCUAAUUAUUUUAUCUGUUAACCUUCAGCAUGUGGUGUGAGGUGUGUGAGUGUGUAGGUGUUCACGUAGGUAGACUUUGAACACUUACCAUACACAAAUGCAAAACAUGUCUCUUCUGAAGAUACAUUGAAAUAGAGAUGUAUUGUCACUGUCUGAAAACACAUACAGUGCUGGUAUUAAAACAAGCCUUUCACUCUGCCCUUAGACAGGCAGAGUGAAAGGCCGUCUGUCCACUUAGUGUUUGUACGCAGACAUGACAGAACAUAAGUGACGCUCACUUUCCAUGUCUAUUUCCUGUCUACAGCUGAUGGACACAUGAUGUGUGUGAGACCUGACCAACAUGGCCCUAUGGGAUAGCUCAAAAAACAUGUGUAGUAUGGAGCCUACAGCUGACGGCUCCCCUACAGUUCCAGAGCCAGAGCUCUACCGGAGCAUCCAGGCUGUGCUGCCCAGAGAAACCGACCAGCUGCAGCAAUCUGACUGUUUCAACAAAGGGAUGCUGAGAUGGACGCUUCAUAAGAAGGUUCAAAAGAAUCCUGCAAGUAGCUUGUCUCUGGUGUGGUUACUGAUAAAGGAGCUGGAAAAGGCGGAGAGAUGGGACUCUCGCAAAUGCAUCAUCCCAUUGCUCCACACACUGAUGUAUGCCAUUUUCCAGACAGCAUAUAUUCCAGAUGAACUCUACAAGCGGGUUUACGACUUCUGUAAGAGGCUGCUGACGUUUCCUCACCCCUAUUGCACUGUGGGCCUUAGCUACACAAGACAGAUAAAAACUGAACGCUUCAUUCCAGGUCUAAUGUACCAGAGGAUGGUCAUAGCUGAGCAGAGAUUAAAAACCGUGCACUAUCCCUUCCAAGAGAGGGUUUUUGUUUUAGCUGAACCAGAGGUCUUCUCUGAGUCCUUGGUAACAGUUGUGUCGGGGGAUUUUGAGGUAUCAGCUACAUCUUCAGGUCAAUUUCUAAAUCCUCUAGAUCACAUGCGCAGUGUGGUACAACACUCUAUACAGGCUGCUUUAGGAGAUGAGCAUUGCCAUGGGCCAAAACUCGCUCAAGCCCUCAAGGACAUGGGGCAAGAAGUUGAGCCAUAUUUUCAGGAAGUGUUGGCGUCGCUAGAGCAGAGCUUGGAGGAGGGCGUCAGAGGGGAGGGGGGAGUGCUGAGGAGCCGUCUUCUCCAGCUGUACAACGAGAUUCUUGCCAAUGCAGACUCAGAACCAUUGUCUGGUGGACCACUAUGUGACUGCCCUCUUCCUAACCCAGAGAUGAGCUUCCACCUGUGGACAGCGGAUCUGGAUAUUUGGCGAGAGCUGGCCAAGUGGCUUCGAUCCAGUUCCAUGUCAGAACAGUUCUCCAUCAUUGAAGAGCAGGAGGACCCCGAGUUGGGUGAAUCGCCCAUUGACAUGAUGCCAUGUGACAUGACGCGCUUUUCCAUUAUGUCCAACGACAGCGGUAUUGAAAGGGACCUGCCGCCCAGCACUGAGCCGUCCCAACUGCCAUCUUUGGAUGCCGUCAGCAUGACUGGACCAUGGGAACAAUCCAAAAAUGAGCAAGACUCAAAACUGUUGAGGCGCGGAGGCAUCAAAAUGAAACCAAACGUAAAAGACAGUAUGGUGCUGAUACAGGAAAAUAUGGAGGACCAGGCAAGCCUCACAGGAGCGGGAGGAAGUGGAGGGAGGGGAGGAAGAAGAGGGAUGACUUUGCAGAGAAGAGCAGGAAGCAGUGUGAUGCACAACCCCUUCUCCAAGCAGCAGAGACAACUUACUGCCAGAAUAGUCAUCAUGGGGACUGAUAGGGUGCUGGGCCGCCUAGCUAAAGCCUAUUACUUCUUCAGAAAAAGGGAAGCACGAAGGCUUUUUCUCACAAUGAAAGUCGACCUCCAGUUUUACUACAUCCCUGUUUGCAGUCCCAGGAGUCCCAGCUCCCCAGUUAAAGAAAACCACCAACAAUCCAAGGGGGAUUCCUGCACUCUUGGUUCCUAUUUGAGCAACGUUGACCCAUGGUACAACUGCAACAUCAAGAGCUUGGGUAGAAUGAUUCCCAACCUGGCUAAAAUGCAACAAGCAAGCAGCGAGAGGCAAAAAGAGCCCUUCAUCUCUGAUAUAAUUUCCUAUUAUGUCCGUACUGGUCAGCAGCCGGUCUACUUCGCUAUCUACUUUGUUAAGAUCUCAUUCAACAUCAUGACGAAGGAGCCAGUGGAGGAAGUGUUUCUUACCCAUCUGGACAUGGAGUUCCCUGAAUUCAGGCAUAUCGCUGCGUCAGUGAGAGGAGAUAAACACAGGAAGAGCUCGGGGGAGGUAUGCGGAGCUAUGGUCUCAAUGAAUUACAGAAAGGUGACAUUAAGUGGCCGUGACAUCGAUGAAGGGAUUUCGGUCAGGAUGACAGGUGCUCGGAUCAAUGCCAUUCCUUCCAAUGAAGCAGAAGAUCUAAACUGUCUGACACUGAUGAUAAAUGAAACCUCCGUAAAGACGAAAAACAACACUGUGGAGCCGCCAAAGUUUCGAACCAGCAACAUUAAAAUUCGCACUUUGGAGAGACGUUCUUUCACUGUUAUACUGGACAGAGAUGAUUCCAGGACCUACAGAAAUGUGCAGAGCAUCGAGGUCUCGCCCUGUGUGGAUCCAGGAUACUGUGUCCAGAAAACAAUGAGGUCCAAAUACAAGUUGGAAGAGGAUAAAGAUGCUGGACUGAGCAAGUACAUGAACAAAGGACUUCCUCUGCCAAUUAAUACAUUUGCUGGCAUCAUCAACUGAUGUUAUGAAGUGACCCCACAGAGACACUUUUAGUAGUUGUGGCAGUGGCAAUGACCUUUCUCUCUUUUAAACAUCUAAUCCAGCAAAUGAAUAGAAAUCACCUCUGAGUCAUGAUGAGCUGCUUCCGAAACUAGAGUUUCACUCCGCCAAUCUGAAAUGACUGGCACAUUGACUGGCAGUACUAGUGUCAACUUUUGCAGUUAAUGAAAUAACCUGUAGGCUGCUUUUAUAGUCACAGGACAACUUUUUUUUUUAC